ACAUAUGACGUAUUGUAAUGUUGUGACAGAAAACAAAACAGCGUCAACUGCAGCCACCUGACAACCAAUCAAAUGUACAUGUGUAGUAAAUUUGAAUCGAACACAGCAAAUUCUAGUGUCAAUCCCGUGAGAUGCGUAAUUGGGAAUGAGCAUCAAGGCAACGAGAUGUCAAUCAACGGACCGUGAUAACGAGAAUCCGAAUGAGAUGUGUUUGCUCGAGGGCAUUCAACAGCAGUUCUCAUCUGAUCAUUGAGUACACAGAAGUUAAGUCCUCAUCCAAAGAUGCCAGAGGAACAAGGAUAGAAGAUAUAUUAUGUAUGCGGUUGUUGUUACCUCCUACGAUGACGGCACAGGCUUAAUUCCAACGACGUUCUUGAGGAUAUAUUUUUACGUCGUUGAUAAAUUAAAGACAAAGAUGUGCUGUUUACUUGGUCAACAGUGACGGUGGUAAAUAAAUAAUCAGUGGACUAGUUCAACAAAAGCCUAAAGUGGGACUAAACUAGUAACUUGUACUCAUAAAUUUAUGCAAUAAAAAUAAUAAUAAUAAUAAUAAUAUUUACGUAUGAAUCUCACCUGCUCAUUUGCUGAAGUAAACAAAAGACCCGGGCCGAUCAAUGAGAGAAAGCCGGAAGGACUCGUGGUCCACGAGGAAUAGAGUCAAGUGCGUAAGGACGAGAGGACGUUGCCACAAAAAAGGGGAGAUUUAAUUUUUUUUCAGGGUAACAAGCAUGCGCGGGCGUCGGUUGUCAUGGUGACAGGAUGCAAGAGAACCAGCCGCGCGUGAAUACGUAUUGAUUACUACUUUCAUACUCACUUGCUCUUCCAUUGGCACACCAUCUCCUGUCUCUACUAUUAUGUUUUGUCAAGUUGCAGUGAUAUCGGAAAAAAAUACACUGGAGCCGCUUAAAGCCUCGCCAGUUGACGAGACAUCAAACGAAAAACCGGAAAAGUUUAUUUUGCCUUUAGCGGAAGGAUCUACUUCUGAUUCUGAUAGUAAAGUAAACAAACGUGAUAAAGCCUCAAAGGAUGAUAAAUUUAUGGAUGAUGAUAAAAAAGAUAAGAGGACUCACGGAAGAUUUAGCGAAAGAGAUAAGUCACCUUUACUCAAUUGCUGUGGCAGUAGAUUCGAAUCUCUCGGACGACCUGAGUCGACGUUACAGCCGACUACCAGAGCGACGGAUACCAAUCGCUACCCAGACCGAUUUGGAAAUCGUCCGGAUGACAGAUUCAAUAAUUGGCAGUCGGUGAGACCGAGCAGUUCUUCAAAUUCAAACGGCGGACUCUAUGGGAGUUCUGGUAAUCAACCUGACAGAAGAUUUGGAUCCCGUCCAUCAUACCACGACUCAGAAUACGGAAGACCCGGAAACAGACCGAGCUACGGCUGGGGCUAUGGAGGAUACGGAGACAGCGGAUCUUUUGGAAGUCAGGGGUUCGAAUUAAAUCACCGUCCAGGUGGAAUUUUCUUCUCGGGAAGUAAUAGACCCUCGGGUGGUUAUGGUAUUCAUGGAACAGUUGGUGAUCAAGAUGAAUUUCCUGAAGGCAUGGCGGGAGGUAAACUGCCAGCUAACAUUCAGACCCAGAAAGCAGUGGCUUUGAAAGCCUUGGCGGGAGUUGCAUUGAUCGGUGCCGCAGCAGCGUUGGCUGCCAACCCGGCUCUUUUGCCAGUCGGAGUUCUUGCUGCUGGACGUAAGCGAAGAUCCGUAGAAUCGGACCAGUCAGAGUUCAAUCUUCUGCGUUUUCCUGAACAAUUUAUCCGAGAUCGUAUUCCUGGAGUGUACGAAGACGACGAAGCCGCUAAAAUAUUCUGGGAGUCUCCAAAGUGUGUCGCUCGUCUCACUUGCGAAGUUCAGAAGGAAUAUUUGAAAGCCAUUACAAAAGAUCCAGGUCUUCGUAAAGACGUUGAACGUCGACUAAAAGAAUUAAUUGACAGUGAAAUCUUCAGCGCUGACUACGUAUACAAAAGUAUGAAGAUGCUCACUAAAAUAGCGCGCAAUGCGAAUCCCAAAGACGGAAAAUGUGAAAUAUUCACUUGUAAUUUUUUCACAUCAUAAUUAAUUAAUUAAAUUGAAUUUAUUAUCAAAUAAUAAUUAAGAAUUUUUUAUAAAAUAUAUUUAAUAAAGUAGUGAAAUAAAAGCGAGUUUAUAUCUCACUGUAUAUUCAUUUAUUUUAUCAAAUAAAUUUUCUUAUUAAUUUUUUCCCU